AUGUCGAGGCGCAAGCAGGCGAAACCCCAACACAUCAACUCGGAGGAGGACCAGGGCGAGCAGCAGCCGCAGCAGCCGGCCCCAGAGUUUGCAGAUGCGGACCCAGCGGCGCCGGCGGCGGGGGAGCCGGGUGCUUCCAUGAACCACCCCGGGACAGGCGACGACAUGGUUGGGGACCGAGUCACGGUAAAGAGACCACGUCGGGAGGAGACUCACAUCUGUGAGAAAUGCUGUGGAGAGUUCUUCAGCUUCUCUGAGUUCUUGGAACAUAAGAAAAAUUGCACUAAACAUCCACCCGUCCUCAUCAUGAGUGACAGCGAGGGGCCAGUGCCGUCGGAAGACUUCUCCGGGGCUGUGCUGAGCCACCAGCCACACAGCCCAAGCAGCAAGGACAGUCACAGGGAGGAUGGUGGCAGCUCAGGGGACAUGAAGGAGAAGCCGGGAGCAGAGUCUGUUCUGUACUUAAAGACAGAGGCUGCCCUGCCCCCCACACCCCAGGACCUAAGCUAUUUACCCAAAGGCAAAGUGGCCAACACUAACGUCACCCUUCAAGCACUACGGGGCACCAAGGUGGCGGUGAAUCAGCGGAGCGCGGAUGCGCUGCCCGCGCCCCUGCCUGGUGCCAACAGCAUCCCGUGGGUCCUGGAGCAGAUCCUUUGUCUGCAGCAGCAGCAGCUCCAACAGAUCCAGCUCACGGAGCAGAUCCGUGUCCAGGUGAACAUGUGGGCUGCCCACGCCCUCCACUCCGGCGUGGCGGGAGCUGACGCCCUGAAGACCUUAGGCAGCCACGUGUCCCAGCAGGUUUCUGCGGCGGUGGCUUUGCUCAGCCAGAAAGCUGGAAGCCAAGGUCUGUCUCUGGACACCUUGAAACAAGCCAAGCUACCUCACACAAACAUCCCUUCCACCACCAGCUCUGUGUCCCCGGGGCUGGUGUCCUUCGCCCUACGGCCGGAUGGGACCAGGGUGCUCCCGAACCGCCUCCCGGGGGCUUUGCUACCUCAGGCCCCGAGCUCUGUGCUCUUCCAGAGCCCUUUCUCCACUGUGGCGUUAGACCCGUCCAAGAAAGGGAAAGGGAAGCCACCCAACGUGUCCCCGGUGGAUGUCAAACCCAAAGACGAAGCCACCCUCUACAGGCACAAGUGUAAGUACUGCAGCAAGGUUUUUGGGACUGAUAGCUCCUUGCAGAUCCACCUCCGUUCCCAUACCGGAGAGAGACCCUUCGUGUGCUCUGUCUGUGGCCACCGCUUUACCACCAAGGGCAACCUCAAGGUCCACUUUCAUCGACAUCCCCAGGUGAAGGCAAACCCCCAGCUGUUCGCUGAGUUCCACGACAAAAUGGCGACAGGCAAUGGCGUUCCCUAUGCACUCUCUAUCCCUGUCCCCAUAGAUGAAUCAAGUCUCUCUUUAGACAGCAAACCUGUCCUGGUCACAGGGACCCCCCAUGUAGGGCUACCUCAGAAUCUCUCUUCGGGGACUAACCCCAAGGAUCUCAUGGGUGGCCCACUGGCCAAGGACCUGCAGCCUGGGCCUUCUCCAGAAAGUGAGGAUGGAUCUGUGCUCUCUGGGGUGGGGCCAAACCAUAAUUCCCCAAGGGUUGGUGGCUUCCAAGGGAGAGGGACACCUGAGCCAGGGUCAGAGACCCUCAAGUUGCAGCAGCUGGUGGAGAACAUUGACAAGGCCACCACCGACCCCAAUGAAUGUCUCAUUUGCCACCGUGUCUUAAGCUGCCAGAGCUCCCUCAAAAUGCAUUACCGCACCCACACCGGGGAGAGACCCUUCCGGUGUAGGAUCUGUGACCGAGCUUUCUCCACCAAAGGCAACCUGAAGACCCACUUCGGGGUCCACCGAACCAACACCUCCAUAAAGACGCAGCAUUCGUGCCCCAUCUGCCAGAAGAAGUUUACCAACGCGGUCAUGUUGCAGCAGCACAUUCGGAUGCACAUGGGCGGUCAGAUUCCCAACACGCCCCUGCCGGAGAACCCCUGUGACUUUGCGGGUCCCGAGCUGAUGGUGGUCGGUGAGAACGGCGGCACGAGCGCCGUCUGUCACAAUGACAUCGAAAGCAUUGAUGUAGACGAAGUCGGCUCCCAGGACGCCCCCAGCAGCUCCUCGAAGGUCCCCGUGCCCCUUCCCGGCAUCCACUCGGCGUCGCCCUCGCCGGUGUUCACCCUGACGGCCCCCCUGGACGCCCCGGGGAAGGCAGGCCCCGCUCUGGUCCUGCAGCGGCAGAGCAGCAGAGAAAACGGCUCGGUGGAGAGCGAUGGCUUGACCAAUGACUCGUCGUCCUCGGUGAUGGGAGACCCAGAGUACCAGAGCCGGAGCCCGGACGUCCUGGAGACCGCGUCCUUUCAGGCCCUCUCCCCGGCCAAUAGCCAAGCAGAGAGCAUCAAGUCCAAGUCUCCUGAUACAGGCGGCAAGGCGGACGGCUCGGAGCUCAGCCGCACUGAGAUGGAAGGUCGGGGCAGUCUCCCGUCAGCAUUUGUCCGAGCCCAGCCAACCUAUGUCAAAGUUGAAGUUCCCAGCGCAUUUGGACCCGCGACCAUGUCCCCAGGCAUGACACCUUUGCUGGCGGCCCAGCCUCGCCGCCAGGGCAAGCAGCACGCCUGCACACGGUGUGGAAAGAACUUCUCAUCGGCCAGCGCCCUCCAGAUCCAUGAGCGGACUCACACUGGGGAGAAGCCUUUCGUGUGCAACAUAUGUGGGCGGGCCUUCACCACCAAAGGCAACCUGAAGGUCCACUAUAUGACGCACGGUGCCAACAACAGCUCUGCUCGCCGAGGGAGGAAGCUGGCCAUCGAGAACACCAUGGCUCUUCUAGGAACAGAUGCAAAGAGGGUCCCAGAGAUGUUUCCCAAGGAAAUCAUGGCCCCUUCCGUGAACGUGGACCCUGUUGUGUGGAACCAGUACACCACCAUGCUCAACGGCGGGCUGGCCAUGAAGACCAACGAGAUCUCAGUGAUCCAGGGCGGAGGCCUCCCCACCCUCCCGGUUUCCCUGGGGGCCAGCUCUGUGGUCAACAAUAAUCCCACUGUCGCCAAGAUGGAUGGCUGUCCGUCAGCUGUCAGUGCUGACGUGGAAAAGCCAGGUGCCCCUGACAGCGUUCCCAAACACCAGUUUCCUCACUUUAUGGAAGAAAACAAGAUAGCGGUCAGCUAA